AUGGUAAAUCGUGUCACUUGCCCAUGGAGGUCGAACACAAGGCUUAUUGGGCCCAUCAAGGCUAUGAACUUUGACUUGAGAAAAGCAGGUGAACAAAGAAUGCUCCAUCUUAAUGAGUUAGAUGAAUGGAGAAUGAAUGCGUAUGAGAAUGAUAGAAUUUGCAAGGAAAGAAUUCGUAAGUGGCAUCACAAGCAUAUUAAAACUCCGAAAGACGUUAAUAUGGGUGAUCAAGUGCUAUUGUUCAACUCUCGCCUAAGGCUAUUUCUUGGGAAGCUCAAGUCCAGAUGGUUUGGGCCCUACACCGUAACUGAGGUGUCGCCCCAUGGUGCUAUUGAAAUCUCUCAUCUGGAGAGAGGUACAUUCAAGGUGAACGGACAUCGGCUAAAGCCCUAUUUUGGUGGGGAGGUUAGUAAAGACAUUAAGGAAAUAUUCUUUCUCCGUGAGCCCCCGUGA